CUCUCUCUUUUCUUUUCUUUUACUGGUCAUUUGGAUGGAUGGCUUCCGUUCCCAAUCCCGUUCGCCGCUUCCUUCUGUGAUCGCCUGAUCUCGUGCUUGCGAAUUCCUCAUCUGUUUUCUCUGUUGGCAGGGAUUUAUUCUAUGGCAGAUACACGGUCAGUCGUCACACUUAUUGAUUCUACAACUUCAAAGUUGCAACAAUUGCAACAGGCAUUUUCUGAACUUGAGAGUCAUAGUGCCAUAUCCUUGAACUUGAAAUGGAAAGAACUUGAAGAACAUUUUCAUGGACUUGAGAAAUCUCUGAAGAAAAGGUUUGAUGAGUUGGAAGAUCAGGAAAAGAAAUACGUUACAAAGGUCACAGAAGCCCAAGAGAUGUUGGAGAAGCAGGAGGCUGCUGUCGUGUCUAAGGAGCUUGCAUCACUGGAACGAUUGCAGGAACAAAGAGAUGCUGUUCUAUCUGCUUUGUUUGUCAAAUACAGGACCUCUUCUCCAGAACUCGUUGCUGCAGGGGUCAGCAAUGGCAUGGCUGAUCCUAUUUUAAGAGAGAACUUGGAUGAUACAGCUGCCAAAUCUGGCUCUGAAUAUGUGUGUCCUAUAGAAGAUGAAAACACAUGCACCAAGCCUCCUUCGGAGCUGAUUAAAUUGUGUGAAGAAAUGGAUGCAGAAGGUCUACACAAGUUCAUUUCAGACAAUCGUAAAAACUUGAGCUCUAUACGUGAAGAAAUACCAGUUGCAUUAAGAAGUGCACCCAGUCCUUUCAGCUUAGUUUUGGAUUCUUUGAAGGGCUUUUAUGCUGGAGAGGUUCUAGGAUUAAAUGGAAAAAAAGAUGGAAGCCUUUUGGGCCUGCGAAGGACUUGUCUCAUGUUGAUGGAAUCUCUUGAACAACUGUUGGCAAAUGGUGUUCCAGAUUCUCUUUCUGAUGAGCAAAUACUUACACCAGAUACUAAAGAGAAAGCAAAGGUGGUAGCUAAAGAAUGGAAGCCAAAACUAGAUCAUCUUGACACUGAAGCCAGCAGUGGAAACUCAUUGGAAGCACAUGCAUUUCUUCAGCUUUUGGCUACUUUUGAUAUUGUUUCGGAGUUUGAUCAAGAUGAAAUCUGCAAACUUAUUCCAGCUGUUACACGGCGUCGUCAAACUGUUGAGUUGUGUCGCUCACUUGGUUUGUCACAUAAAAUGCCAGGUUUGAUCGAAGUUCUACUGAAUAGUGGAAGGCAAGUUGAGGUGGUUAAUCUCGCAUAUGCCUUCAAAUUAACUGAGCAGUUUGCACCAGUGCCAUUACUUAAAUCAUAUUUGAAGGAAGCGAAAAAGGUACCACAAGUCAAAGCUGGAAGCAUGUCUCCUGGUGCACAGAAUGAAAUGAACGAACGUGAAUUAUCUGCCCUUAAAGCUGUCAUCAAGUGCAUCGAGGAGCACAAACUUGAAGAUCAAUACCCUGUCGAUCCACUUCAGAAUCGAAUCCUCCAGCUAGAGAAAGCAAAGGCUGACAAGAGGAGGGCAGCUGAAGCUGCAAGGCCACAAUCCAAGAGACCCCGUGCCAGUGGCAGCCUUUACGCCCCUCGUGUCACCAGCAUGCCUGACAAAAGCUUCUACCAUGCACCCCCUGAGAGAUAUCUGUAUCCUUACGAUAGGCAGUAUGUGUACGCAGCCGAAGCUCAUCAUCCUCCUCUGGUGAAUUCUGCUCCAUACACCACCAUCUCCCCUACUCAUACCACUUACUACGGAAAUGGCUACCAGGUCCAGUACCAGACUGCCUAUCUGCACUAAUGGAGAAGGCCACAGUGAUCAUAAUCUCCGCUAAUUACUGAGCUCUUAACCCAUCGGGUAUGUCUACAUGUUAAUCAACAACUAAAUCUGCUUAUAUCCAGAAGAUUUAAUCUGUUUACUACAAGUGUUUGCCCACCUGGGAAUGGUGGAAGCUGUGUGUUUAUCCCCUUUUGACUGAUAGACAUGUAUUUCUUCUAAUGUCCAGUUUGAUUUCGUUUUCUAUUUCUCAAACAAUUCUGUUUCUUCCAUGUAAUACCAAUCUGGAGAUUGAUCUGAUGGUUGGUUGCAUAUAUAUGAUAGAUAAUAUCGAGUCGCA